AUGGAUUUCCAUCUGGUGCCUCGAGGGGAAGAUCGCAAUUACACCGGGUUCCUCACCAAGACUAUUGUCUAUACAGCCUCGUUGAUUGUAUUUCUCGCGUCUUUUGGUCUAACCGUGUCCUCCAUCGUCGUCCCAAAAUGGGUCAUUUAUGAUGAUGUCGAUCACCACUAUUCCUACGGCCUCCACCGUCGCUGCUCCUCCGUAACCGGAGAAUGCGAGUCUUUCCCCCACCGCGAAGACUGCCACGCCGGUGACCGCUAUUUCUGCUCCAUGUGGCGCUCCGUCGGGUUUCUGAUGUCCUUUGCCGUCGUCUUGGAGGGAAUGAGCGUGGUCGCGUAUCUGAUUGUCUUGUCGGGUGGGAAGCGACUGCGCGAAUCGGGAUGGAAGAUACUCAGCCUGUUAAUUAUCCUGUCGGCUGUGGUGCAGGCGGCGAGCAUGUCGCUGGUGGCAUAUCUGUUCGACAACGAAGAGCGGUUCUUCGUCGGCUGGCGGCUGAGCGAGUCGUGGAUCUACUGCACUGUGAGCUGGUGCCUGAGUUUGUUCUGCGCCGGGGUGUUGAUCUUGGCGGCGCAUACAUUGCCCUCGGAGGGAGGCUAUGAGUUGAUUCCGGAUCAGGCAUUUUGA